AUGCAGUUGACUCUCUUGGCAUCCCUCGCUGUUCUCUGCAGCGCUGCUUUCGCUGCCCCUCUCCAGGCCCGUGGAGAUAUAGCUGACGUCAUUGUCGAUGUGCAGGAUGUCUUGAAUGAUGCAACUGUCAACGUCCUCACGCGGGGCAGUCUUGUUGAUGUCACUGCCUACGUGGAGGACGUCUUGGAAGACGCAGAUGUCAAUGUUCUCACAAAGCGAGAUGGUUCCUUGGUCAAUGUGAUCGCUGAUGUCCAAGACGAUUUGGAUGAUCUUACAGUCAAUGUUCUUACCAAGCGGGGUGGCCUUGUCGACGUUACAGCGGGCAAGUACCAUUCGCCUGAUUUCUUGGCUGUCUUUAACAAUCCCACAGUUGUUGAGGACGUUCUCAACAAUCGAUGUUACAGCCUGCAAGUACCGUUCACUUGA